UCUGUUAUAUAGCCCCCAUCCAUCCGUGAUCUUUCAGGGGAAGGAAGCCGAGACUUGUGGUUGAUUUUGUACUUUUAAAAAGAAGAUUUACUUGGAGGGAAAACCAUGUCUUACGCAAAGAUUGCCCCGGCUUUUGCUAGAGCCAGUUCCGACAAGUUAGUGCGAAUGAGGUUUGCUCAAGAAAGGCUCCGAUCAACAGUAGCAUCAACUCAGCGCCAAGAGCUGAAAGCGGAUGAUUCUGUCGACCAAACAUGCACUAUGGUCGAGAGACCAGUCGAUGUGGACCUCAUCAGUCAGACCAAAAAUGUAGAUAAUCGCAAGGCAAAAAUUUCAAUUGACUUUGAAAAUACUCAAGAAGCAUACAAGAGCAAAAACACUCUAGAACUCAUGAGAAGUUUACUAGUCUUUAAGCUGUGCGCAAUUGACUUCCUGGUGGACAAAAAUAAGGAGCUCAUGGACCUCAGCAAGAAAGUUCUGGGCCAACGACUGUUUGAGAAGAUGAUGAAGAUGACUUUCUAUGGCCAGUUUGUGGCGGGGGAAGACCACCAUGCCAUCAAGCCUCUGAUCAGCAAGAACCAGGCUUUUGGCGUUGGCUCAGUACUUGACUACAGUGUGGAGGAAGACCUCACUCAGGAAGAGGCAGAGAAAAAGGAAAUGGAUGCCUGUGUGUCUGCAGCAGAGAAAGAGAGUCCAGCAGCAUCAUCUCCUCUGCACACAGUGACCCUCAACGAUGACUGCAAAGAUCACAGGGAGAAGAAGUACAAAGCUCACCGCCGGUUUGGGGACCGCCGUGGAGGGGUGAUCAGCGCCCGCACAUACUUCUACGCUGACGAGGCCAAGUGUGACCAGCACAUGGAGACCUUCCUAAACUGCAUCAGAGCCUCUGGGGGUGCUGCAGUGGACGGAUUCUCUGCGAUCAAGAUGACUGCCCUGGGCCGUCCACAGUUUCUGCUCCAGUUCUCCGAGGUUCUGGUGAAAUGGCGGCGUUUCUUCAACUUCCUGGCUGCGCAGCAGGGGAAGGACGGCAUGGCUGCUCUGGAGCAGAAACUCGAGCUGGAGCAACUGCAGGACAGUUUGACUCAGCUUGGUGUUGGGACAAAGUCUGACAUUGAGUCUUGGCUGACUGGAGAAAAGCUUGGAUCAUCAGGAACUAUUGACCUCCUUGAUUGGAACAGUCUGAUCAAUGACAGGACCAAGAUCUCAAAUCUGCUUGUGAUUCCAAAUAUUGAGAACGGUCACCUGGAACCCCUGCUGGACAAAUUCACUGAGGAGGAGGAGAAACAGAUGAAGAGGAUGUUGCAGAGGAUGGACGUGCUGGCCAAGCAUGCAAUGGAACAUGGCGUGAGACUCAUGGUGGACGCCGAGCAAACCUAUUUCCAGCCUGCCAUCAGCCGCCUGACCCUGGAGAUGCAGAGGAAAUUUAACCGGGAGAAGCCCAUCAUCUUCAACACCUAUCAGUGCUACCUGAAGGAGGCCUAUGAUAACGUAUCGGUGGACGUGGAGCUCUCCCGCCGUGAAGGCUGGUACUUUGGGGCCAAGCUUGUGCGUGGGGCCUACAUGUACCAGGAGCGGACCAGAGCUGCUGAAAUUGGCUACGAGGACCCCAUAAACCCAGACUAUGAAGCCACCAACAGGAUGUACCACAAGUGCCUGGAGUUCUUGCUGGAAGAGAUUGAUCUCUACAGGAAUGCCAACAUCAUGGUUGCAUCACACAACGAAGACACCGUGAAGUUUACUCUUGAAAAGAUGAACCAGAUGGGCCUCUUGCCACAGGAAAACAAAGUGUACUUUGGCCAGCUGCUGGGGAUGUGUGACCAAGUCAGCUUCCCCCUGGGUCAGGCUGGAUUCCCCGUGUACAAAUAUGUGCCUUACGGACCGGUGAACGAGGUCAUCCCCUACCUGUCGCGGCGUGCGCUGGAGAACCGCGGCUUCAUGAAGGGCUCCCAGCGCGAGCGCAACCUGCUGUGGAAAGAACUCAAGCGGCGAUUGGUCAGCGGUCAGAUCCGCUACCAGCCCACCUACUGAAGAGGAAACCCUGGUUCUUUAGAAGGACUUGAGGCACAAAGCACAGAGAUGGAGAAGGAGGGACAAAGGAAUGCAGAAAGAAGUGAAGUUGAUGAUGCACAAGAAAGUAGAGGGAGGAGGAGUAGAAAAAUGGAGGUGUAAAUAACUACAGUAAUAGACGGCUGUAGACAGUAGACAGGGUAGGUUGUUUGGACAUAAACGUAUGUAACCUGCGUUGUGUUGAACCAGCGAGGUUCAGUCCUGCACACGGCCAGACUUGAACCCGCGAAACGGCAGCACCGCGGAUCAGGAGUCGAGCAUACUCACUGUCGAGCCAAAAGCCCUGGCUACUAGCUUUCAUGUCAGCAAUAGUCUUGAGACGUCGGGGAAUGAGGUUUACCAAUGUUCCACACGCACAGCUAAGCUAGAUGGCAUCCGUUAAACUUACAUGCUUUUAUAUCCAUGCGACAACUGUUAUGAACUGUAACUGUUAUGAUUUGAAAAACCACAAAUGACCUUAUUGGUGUAAACUACUUUCCUCGUGUAUAUGCACAAGAUCAUGUGUUAUGCUUUAGUGGGUUUCUAAGGGAAUGGACCUAACAGUCUCCCAAACAUUCCUUAAAAAAACCUUUGCUACUGUAGCAUUCAUUUUUGUAUAUAUUGCCUUCUGAUCAUUUCUAGUGUAGAAUGUGUGUCGUACUUGAUCACACAUAAAUAUUAUUUUUGGAUUGUAUUUAAUAUUUAAAUAAUAGUUUCUUUGCUGGUUUAACAGGUCAGAGAAUCUGGUACCAUGAAUGUGUGUUGUGGUAUGAUUUUUGUUUUCAUGGGUGUGAAUGAUCCAUAAAGAAUUAUGGAGCAAAUAGUGUAAAAUACACUAGUACCAGAGAGGGUUAAAGCGGAGCUAGUAAUCAAGGAUCUUUGCUAGUACUGUAUAGUGUAAACCAAAGAUUCUAGAACAGAGCUCUGUUCUAGAAUCUUUGGUGUAAACUGCACAACAUUGAGCUUGUUCCUGGAUUCUCUACUUCAACGGUUGUGUAGUGCUACAGGGUUUAGCCAUUUUAUAAAUCAUGGGAUUUUCUGAUUGCUGCUGUUUCUGCUUGUGAAUAUUGCAUUUUAAUGUCAAUUUUUGUCUGCUUGUGUUUUUUCUGUACUUGUGAAAAGGUUAUAGUAAUUGGGCUUUUAGAGACGGUCUAGUGCCUAAUUUACAUUUCAUUUCAUUUUAAAUGUUCAAAGAAAUGUAAGGGUACAGCUGUGAACUGUGUAAUAGUUAUAAAGAUAAUCAUUUUGUUGUUUUGCCAAUCUUACAGAACACAAAUAAAUGAAAAAUAUUAAACA